AUGUCCUCCUCAACUCGAUGGGUUCAAUCGCUUUUGAACCCACAAUCGAAGAAAGAACACCAUAGGAAUACGAACUUGGGAAAUCCCUACAUUGAUCGCCAAGGAGACACCAUCAAAACUGUAGUUCACAUGGUAGUAACUCGAGAAAGUAAUACCUUCACUCUCAUCUCUGCCGUACUUGGAUUGUUUAAUUGGUGCUCUAAUCAAAAACCUUCUUAGGUGCUCCUAGCUUUCACUGCCCCUAUCUCUUCCUUCUCCGCCGGUGAAAUGGUUCUGAAAUCAUCUUCGAUGGGCAGAUGUUGUGGUGGUUGCUACAGGCAAUCUUGGUUUGUGGAGCAGAAGCCAGAUUCUGAGGACUUGACUGAUACAACAACACACGUUGACAUAAUCAACCUACCAAUGCUCUGCUCUCUGUGUCCAGAGUUAAGCACCCUGGUUCUGAGAUCACAACAAGAAAGCAGGAGGACGACAUAGUCCCUUUACAAGCAACAACAAAGCCUUGAGCUCGAGUACCUUAAACUGCUAUUGUUACCUUAAACUGCUAUUGUUACCUAACAUGAUGUUGUGGUGGUUACUUGUUAUUGACUAAAUCAUAUUUAGAUGAUUUCUGUUCAACUUUUAAAUGUGUAUGUCUGCAUUUUGCACUCUUUAUCUGCAGAGAUAGUCAAAAGUUUCCCAAUUGCUGUUAUGUUUGGAGUUAUUAAAUGGACUUGGCAAUUCUAAGACCAUUUAGCCAAUAUUGGCAAACUGUGUAACCGGAAAUGGAGAAGGAAGAACAAAAUUGAAAUUGGCAUUUAAGA